GUUUAAUCUUCAUUAGAAAUUUGAACCGUGCGAAUACUCCCGUCAAUUAAGAGACCAUGCCCGCUGUAAUUGAAAACUUCGUGAUUGCCGAUAUUACCUGCGCAUGGUGCUACAUCGCUAAGCGCAAUCUAGAUAAAGCCAUCGAAUUGUAUCGAAAGACAUACCCAGGUGGGAAAUUUGAUAUCGUCACUGUAGUAUGGGAGCAUUACUACUUAAACUACAACACGUUACCAUAUAGCGUGGACAAGUCAGUCCUCGCUGCAGAACGCCUGGCGCAUUUAACACCCGAUCAGCAUGAAGCCUUAACCCGACGGAUGGAGAGGGCGGGCCGUGCCGCUGGCAUUGAAUUCAGAUGGGGCGGGAAAAUCGGACCCGAUACUCGACAAGCGCAUCGUUUAAUCCGGUUGGCCGCUUUGAAGGGCGUUGCUAAUGAUGUUGUAGAGGGAUUGUUUGAGGCGUACCAUUCGUUGGAGUUAGACAUCUCUGAGCGCGAGGUAUUGAGAGGAAUUGCGAUAAGAGGCGGUAUUGACGAUACUGAGAUAGAUGAAUACCUGGAUUCGGAUGAAGAUGCGGAAUUGGUAGAUGAGGUGGCUAUGAAGAAUAAGGAGAAAUAUAGAGGUUCUGGGGUUCCGACCUUUGUUAUUAAGGGACAGCAUGGAGAAUAUCGCCUUGAAGGUGCCCAAGAUCCGAUGGAUAUACUAGAGGUCUUUAUUAAGGUCCGGGAGGGGGAGGGGGAGGGAGCAUAAACGAAUUGUGUAUAUUAUUCCC